UAAUUUCAUACACUACGUGUGUGUGUGUGAAAAUAAAGACAAUCAAUUCAGUAUAUAAACACUUGACAAUUGAACAUAUUUCUAUAUCCGAAUUGAUACCUUCAGAAUGAAACUGUGUUGUGCAACUUUAGUGCUGGUAUUCGUGGUUUUGCAGACAACUGAUUUCAUCUGAAAUCCUCUGAUUGGUCAAAGUAGCAUAUAAAUACACGUUUCUAAUACAUGAUGCAAAUACUGUUAUGAAGAUGGCGAAGAAUAUCGUAUAUGGACCACUGUUAUUCAUCAUUAUUAUUCAAGCGUUCACAAUAUUCACCAAGCCAGGCGAAGCAGGUAAGUACAAUUUGAUGUGAUUAUUAUUAUUGUUGAGGUUAUUGAUACAAGUGGGAUUCGACAUAUUUUAUAGCAGUUCUGUCCAUCCCAUUGGCAUACCACAUUUUAAAUCUCUUCGUCUCUUUACACAUAACAAUGAUGUCAAAGUUGAACUGAUUGUUUACAUAAGUUUCACGUUGAGCUGCGUAAUUCGAGAUGAGACACACAGAAGUGUUUCUGAUUUAUUCUAUGAAAUUGGUUGGUUGAUCGAUUAUGACGUCAGCAGCAGUCACUGGAGACACUGAGGAACUCAUAGAUGAAAACACAAUUAAAGAGGAUGGGAGACCGAUUACAAAGUUCGUCGAGUUAGCCAAUUUGUUUAUCACUAAUUUGAAUACUGUGAUAUUUUAUAGGGAUAACCUGUGAAAUUGUGUAGAAGAGGGUGUGUAAUGCAAUUGAAAUCGUCUAAUAUCAUGAAUUCCUGGACAUGAAAAUCGUACACUGAAAAUAGGUGAAGAUGAUAUUCUUGAGUGGACAAACAACACUGUUGAACCUAAGUGAUUUUACUCCUAUCCUCAUCCAUCUGGUGUAAUGUGAAAUAAAAGAGAAACUGUGAAGCUUCCUUACUAAGCAGAUUCGUGUCGACAUUCAUGACGACGACUGAUGUGUUGUCCGUAGUCGUCUGUCCUCAGCCAGAUAACUUGUCUGUUAGACAGUGUGUAGAUCUACGGUCCUUGAGAAUUCGAAAUCGUGUUCACAUUUAACCGAGUCAAAUGUUCAAUCACAGUGGUGAAGGUUCAGGGUGGCAAUGGAAAGCAAAAUAGCACACAAAAAAUUUUAUAUUGGAGAAAUUCACAAAAAUAGAGCUGAUAACAAAAUGCAACAAAACUAAUUAUGUAUGUAGGAUAUCGCAGCAAAGAUAAAAACAAAACGUGAAAAUUUACACACAAAUAACCUAGUAAGCACAGUGUGUAUUGUGAUGCAAAUGCACCAACCACUCAGGUGUGAGCAGAGACGAGCGUCGCAUCGCUCAUCCUGCAUAUUGUCGGACAUAGUUGUAAUGGUUGCCUAAUUUUCCGUUUCGUCUCUACUGAAACGCCACGUCCUGCAUAUUUUCUCACCAUUUCACACGUGUCCUUGUUUUCAUCCAAUAGUGGACUUCGACAAGGUAGAGGCGAUGUAUGGUGAGUCCAGCAUUCUGAUAUCUAUCGUCAUCAAGAUUUUGUGUGGUGAAUUCUGCAUGUCAAACUUUUAUGAAGAAUACUGUGAAUAGCCUAUGUUAGUUAACAGGUGACAAUUGAUUUUUUGCUUACUUUCAGGGAUCAAAAACACCUAUCCCAGCAAAUGCUUUCCUAUAGGUGAGAAGGACUAAGUCUUUUACACUUUUUACUUACCCCUCUAGUCUGAAGACAAAUGAGUGGUACCAAAGAGCGGAGAUGCUGAAUGCUUUCAGUGAAAUAUGAUCUAUGAUAAUUAUUUGGAUAAUAUGUGUGAAGAGACAGUGAUAUGCUCGUAUAUGGGGCAGACUAGUGACGUAAGGAGGAACAUGUGAAUCGAAAUGUGUGUGUGUGUGUGUGAGCAUCAUGGAUAACACAUAGGUUGUUCACAUGGAAUUUAAAAUGUGAGUAUAUGAAUUCUGUGGAUUCAGGUUGAUAUCCGAAUCAUGUGAAAGGAAGACAGUCGGUGUGUAAUACAGGAGCACAAGCAAGAAGCAUAGACGGUUUUGUGUGUUCCACAUUGGUGUGAUAGUCUGUGAUAAAUCUGGAAGUCACUGUGGAAAUCAUAUUCUGACUCCUCUGGUGCUAUUCGUGAUACCGUUUAUUUUCAAUCUCUUUCAUUUCAGAGAUGAACAGUAUUUAUGAAGAAGCAACAACACUAGAUCUGCCAGUCACCACACCCCCACCCACAACAACAACAACAACAGAAGAAGUUAAAGAAGAAACAAUAACAGAUGUGGACUUCCACACAGUAGAGAAGAUCUAUGGGAUUGAAAACAUCUACCGUUUGAUUGCAUAGAUAUAGAACCCUUAUAGAGAUUGCUCUUGUCCAUCUACGGUUUCAGGAAGUGGUUGAAUCAGUCGUUAACAUCCUGUCGAUGGAGCACUUAUCUUUUGUCCGCUACACACAUACAACUUAUUAUGAACAUUUCUAAUUUCACUUUAAAUAUGUCUUUUCAGUUUCUGUAAUCUAAAAUGUCUUUUUAACCUACUUUCAAAGCUAAUUAAUAAUAAAUAACAAUUUUGCAU